AUGUUCCAGCACUACAACCUGCUGUCCUUUUUGCAGGUCCCCGAGCUCAAGCUGGUCGAGUUUGUGCGCGCCGUGGAAGCCGAGUACCACCCAAACCCCUACCACAACUUUGACCACGGCUUUGAUGUCAUGCAGACGUGCUUUUCCUUUGCCAAGCGCUUCCGAGCUGACGAGCUCUUGACGCAGGCUGACAUUCUCGUCUUGCUGAUUGGCGCGCUUGGGCACGACGUCGACCACCCCGGCCUCACCAACGACUUUUUGGUCAAGACGCGCGACCGCCUCGCCCUCUUAUACAACGACAAGUCUGUCCUGGAAAACCACCACAUUGCCAAGCUGUUUGAGAUUAUCGAUCGCCACGGCCUGUUUGUCCACCUCAGCGAUAACGACUACAAGCUUGUGCGCAAAAAGCUGAUCGACUCGGUCCUGUACACGGACAUGUCUCGCCACUUUCAAAUCAUGGACCAGCUCAACGCCUUUACGCUCGAGUUUGACAUGCAAACUACACACACCAUCAGUCGGUCAAAACUCCAGCUGAACGAGGACAACCGCCAGCUGCUCAUCUCGGUUUUGCUGCACAACGCAGACAUUAGCAACCCCGUCAAGCCGUGGCCGAUUUGCAAAAAGUGGUCAGACCUCGUCUGCGACGAGUUUUUCCGACAAGGCGACAUUGAAAAGGCCAAGGGGCUUCCCGUGUCGCCCAACAUGGACCGCGAGACGACCGUGCAGGCGCAAAUGGCGUGCGGCUUUGCAGAUUACAUUAUCGAGCCCAGCUACUCUGCUCUCUGCCGAAUCCUCCCGCUCACAAAGGAAUGCUAUGACGUGCUGCGUGACAAUCGCACAAAGUGGGGCGACCUCAAGCGCUUGCACAAGGAGGGCAUUGCGGCCAAAGAAGCUGCCUCGCCCGCGGGUGCCGUGUCUGCCUCCUCCAGCGAUCGGUUUGCCUCAAAGCUCUCAUCCAGGCGCUCUGGAUCCUCGACCAACGGCAAUGGCUUGUCCAUCAAGCAGCGACUUCAGCAACAGCAGCAGCGCGAGCGCCAAAAAGCGGCCAGCUCACAUUCGAGAACGCCGAGCGUCGAUGUCGCGGCCAGUGGGUCUGCCUCGUCCUCUCCGUCCUCCUCCGGCCGUGCCGCCAGCGUCGUCAUUCAUGCUGGUUCGGCCAUUGCAGAAACCGUUGCUGGAAUUGCGGCUGGCAGUCGACGCAUGUCGCUUGCGCCAGGCACAAUCGAAAUUCCAGAGACGUUCUCCAAAAAGUCAAAGUGGUUUCGGUCACGUCGAAACAGCCACCGCAAGUCGCUUCGUAACAGUGGCUCAAUUGACACGUUGCAUCCGACUGACGCUUCCCACACUAAUUCAGAGCUCCUGUCCAUCGCCGAGAAUCGCUCGGGCGCUACAUCGCAGUCGCCCACACCAUUGCUGCGAUCGCGUGCUGGCUCCGUCUCCGACACCAGUAGCUCCAAUGCCUUGGCGUGCUUGGCCGGGUCCGACCCGUGCACUGCUGCAGCCGUUGCUGCAACGACCGUUGGCCAGUUAUUGACCAAUGCAUCCGCGCAGCAAGUGCCUCCAUCGACGACCAAACGGUCGUCCCAGCGAGCCGGCCUCCGGUGGAUUGCGUCAGCCGCAUCGACCGUCCUGUUCUUUACAACAUUGCUUGCCAUUUUCUGGCCAGUGCUGCUGGAAUGGUUUAUUCCUGCGCCCGAGGCGGUCUCGGCCAAUUCGUACGGGAUGCAACGAAGCGCGUUUGGCCAGCUGGGCAAGCCCGGCGAAACUGCCGUGUCCGAGAACGUGUCCACUCCCGCUUCGUCGACGACCACACCGACCGUGACCUUCCGCGAGGCCCUUGUCAACAGUCUCUCUCAAUUUACCACGCCCGUCCUCAGUCAACUCCUUCACAACCACAUCUCGGCCCAGCUGCUUUCCUCCGACACCACCGUCCUUGGCAGUGUCUUCCUGGCCGCAGUGCUUGCGGCUGUGCUGGGCGCCGUGUGGCAUUUUGUCGCAGCAUUGCGACAAGGCCGAGUUGGUCGUUCGUUGGUGGAAGCCACAGCCCUUGUGGCCAUGGUUGGCUUUGACAUCCCCUUCCUUGUUGCGCUGGUUUUAGGGUACACCCCUGGUACGCUACGCAACCCGCUCGGUGCGAUUGCCGCACUGAGCUUUGCGCCGAUCGGGACGACCUCUCUUGGCGUGGCCCUCAUGCUGCUGCGCUGCCUGGUUCUUGCUCGGUAUUUCGGCACAUUUGCGACCCCCUCCUCCGCUUCUUCUUCUUCUUCUUCUUCACAGGGCAAACCGUCCCGCCAGCCUUUUGGCGUGCGUGUUGCGCAGUCCACGUUGGUGCGUGCGGUGUGUGUGACGGUGGUUUUGCUCCUUGUCCACAGCAUUGCCCUGUCGGCCAUGGUGGGCAGCCACCAAUCGCCCGAAGUCCAGUUCCUGAACGGCGCCGGCUCCAUCCAUACCGCCUUGAACGAGCGCAUGCAAUUCAUGAACGCUUUGGCUCACGCACAGCUCGCAGACGAAAUUCGACGCUUCCGCGUGGACUAUCCCGAGGUUUGCUUCUUGUCCGUGCAUGGCGUGGUUGCAUUCGACAAUCGCUCUCCCGUUCGCACGGUCGACCUGCUGCCCGUCACCUUCCCGUCGCUGCGCAGCUUUGUGGACCAGCGCUCCUUGGGCGUCACCCUGGACACUUGCAAGCCGUCGCUUCGCGCUGGUUCGAGUCAGUCGACGCCCGCGUGGGAAGCCGCGUCCAAGCCGUUUGUUGCGGUGGCCGUGGAUGUGGGCGCGAUUGUGCGCGAGACCAUGGCAGUGAAUUUGCAGCUGGCGCUCUUCACCUUCUUUGCGCUCGCCGUCUUUAGCAAGCUUGUCGAGCGCGAGGCUCGUCGCCACUUUGCCACCUCCGUGGCCGAGCUCUUCUAUCCGCUUCGUGCGUUUGGCAGCGUCUUUGCCCAUCUGGGCUCUCUGCUCGACCCCACCGGCGGGAAGGAAACGCAGCUGGCCGCGACUCUGACACAACUAGCGCAGUCUGCCAACAGCGACGCCACCGAUCUGCUUGAUGCUGCCGCCGUGUCUGCUGACAACCUGUCCUUCUUUGCCAACUCAAAGGUCGCGGAACUUGCGGAUUUGCCUGAAAGUGCCGCCGGCGCGCGUGCCACCUCUGUGGGCCCCUUGCUCCAAGCCCCGCUGCCCAGUUUGCGGCUGGCUGACGUCCAGCGCCUGGGCUCGUCAAAGAGCGCCUCAAACGCACUGCAGACGGAGGCGCAGCAGUUUGUCAACGAGCGGGGCGUCAAGCUCACCGCCAUUUUCGGCUAUUGCAACAUUCGUCGGUUUACCAUCGCUACCGACAUUCUCCAAGAAGAUGUCAUUGUGCUUGCCAACGGCUUGGCGCAUUUGGUGCGAGUGGCUUGCCCUGGCGCUGAAAACUUCCCCAACAAGAAUGUCGGCGACGCCUUCUUGCUCGUGUGGAAGAAGCUUGAUCGUCUGUCGGCCAGCAUUCCGGCGCGAGUGAGCUCUGGAGGUGCGCUGCUCGAGUCGCCCGCUUCCAGCCCUCGCAAUUCCUCCUACAUGGGUGAUUCGGAAGGCUCGAUUGGCGGGCUUUUGAGCUCGAAAUUCACUGGCACCCCUCGUCCGGGCACUCCCGUCCCCAUCAUCCUUGAGCGCCUUGGCUCCCAGCACCAGUCGCCACAGGCUCGCGGAAUCACGUCGUCCGAGUCGGUUUCUGGAGCGAGCGACGGCGCAUCAUCACAAGCCGCUGCAGCAGUCCAACCGCCCGCUCCCAUCAGCAGCAAGCACGCGUCUGCGUCUGGCCUUUUUUCCGGAGACGCAUCGCCCGUCGUCGACCCCCAUGUGAUUUUGCUUCCAGAGUCGGACGACGACGGCAAGCCCGUCGCCACGACACCUGCGGACGAGGCGCUCGCGUCGUUUGUCAACAUUGUGGAGGAAUUGGAGUGCUUGAACUGCGGAGAGUUGGAAGACUCGUUGCUCUUUGACGAGUCCCAUUUCGAGUUUGUGCGUCGUGUUCGUCGCGAUGUGCCUGGCUACGCCGUUCAGAUGGGCUUUGGCUUGCACCGCGGCUGGGCCAUCGAAGGCCGCAUUGGUGCCGACGACGAUAGUGGCUCGCGCAACACUGGCGCAGCAUCGGGCCUGUCGUAUCUAUCGCCUCACGUCAAUAUCGCUUCGCGACUUGAAGCGGCGACCAAGGCGUAUGGCGUCGAGAUUCUGCUUUCCGGCGAGGCCUUUAUGCUCUUGUCGCCGGCCUACCAGGCAAUGUGCCGGCAAAUUGACCGGGUUUCCGUCAAGGGCAGCAAGUGGCCGAUCGACCUGUACACGUAUGACUUUAAUACAUACGAGCAUGGCUCGGACUGGGAGCGGGCGUUUGGUGGCAUCAAGUCCGACACGACACCAUCCGGCUCGGCCAGUCGUUCCGCAUCUCCCUCCCCACUCGCCAAUGGGUCACCGGACGGCAGCUCUGAAUCGACGAGCAGCGCCACUGCGGAUUUUGCGGCCAUUUCGCGCUAUCGCACGACGUUCCAUCAGGGCGUGCAGGCGUACAUUCAAGGCAAUUGGACCAAGGCCACUGACAUUCUGAACAUUUGUUCGUCAAUGUACCCGAACGACCGCCCUGCCCAAACCCUCUUGUCGUUUAUUGCCAAGUACGAUCACGUCUCCCCUCCCAACUGGGCCGGCUGCCGUCCUCUUCCGGAAUGA